UGCAUUUGUUACCGGGUUGGUUGUUGGUCGAAGUGAGACAGACAGCAACAAAGCAACCGACCAUGGGCAGCUCGACAAAGUCAAGCAAUGUCGAAUGUUGCUCCCUGGUUGAAUGCCACUUAUUCCCCAUCCUAUGCUGGAAUGGAUGACUUUGAUCUUUCCUUCAAUGCUACCGCUUCCCCAUCCUCCAUAUCCUAUAAAAUAUUGGAUGACUCUGUGUGCAUUCCUCUCUUGGUACUGGGCUCCCUCUCCGCCUCUCUCUCCAUGAUUGGUUCUAGCUGUGUUAUCUACAUGUCUAGGCGACAACUUGAAAGGUGCAUGCAACGCUUAGUUUUUGCGUUAAGCCUUGCAGAUAUGGUGUCCUCCUCGACCAGUCUAGUAAUGCCAUUUCUGAUCCCUUCGUAUAUUGGAUUUCCAGGUGCGAUAGGCACUCAUGCAUCUUGCGCAGCAAUUGGGUUUAUCUUCGCCCUGGGAGUUAUGAUUGGGUCAAGCUGUAACGCUUACUUGAGCAUAUACUACUUUCUGGUCGUCCGACGAAAUUGGAAAGAACGAGAUUUCACUCGAGGAAUCGAAAUUGGGGCAUACUCCUUUGCAAUCAUUGUACCACUCAGCAUUCAAAUUGCUGCUGCAGCGACACAAUCCAUCAACCCUUCUCCAAUUAUCAACAACGUCUGCGUUUAUUCAGCCUCGCCGUGGGGGUGCAAUGAUCAUGAGGAAAUUGAGUGUGAACGCUCCACAGAAGUAAUAGUGGGCGCAUUGGGGAUACUUGCGACGUCCUUCAUCUUUUGUUUUUCUUUUAUAGGGUUUCUUUGCACGUUUCUCGUGUGGUUGACAGUGCGCACUACGUUGAAAAGGAGCAAUCGCUACCGGUUUGAAGGGGGUCGGGACUCGGCAGCGGACGAACGCCUGCGACAAGUGGCACUACAAGCAGUUCUCUAUUCUUUGGUCUAUUUGAACACAUUGGUUUGGCCUUCCGUAGGCUUGUACAUAGGAGGGCUUCUUGGUUCGGAGGAAAUUCAAGAAAGGAAGGUGGAACCAAGGUCUGUGGCGUUGCAAUAUUUGUACUGGAUACUCUAUCCUUUGCAGGGCUUCCUGAACUUCUUUGUGUACACAAGACAGAAGAUCAACCGCUUGCGGCAACUGGAGCCAGGGCAGUCAUUCUUUUGGUACUACCGCAAGGUUCUAUCACCAGAUAUUGCAGCAAGUAGUCGAGUAGAUGCGAGCCGGAAUCGGAGGAGGCCGUAGCAGAAGGAAGUGACUGCUCCUUUCGCCGGGGUUGGUGGCGGUUUCGGAAUCUUCCAUCUUUGACUGGCUGGAUGUGCGUGGGUUGGUGGCUGCAGCUGGAGUUUGCUGGUUUAAUCGACAAGAUGGGAGAUAAAAGGGUGCGUACCGGUACCGACCAUUGGUUACUUGCAAAACUUUGGAGGUUAGGACCACUUGACGUCGCAACCAGAGGUCUUUUGGAAGCUCUGCCUGUGCACAGUGCAAUGCCCACAGGUGUUCUAGGUUGCACUGUGAUGGUACCGGUACGGCCGAGAGGAAAGUACGACUGUACCGGUACCGUACCCUGAAAAUACCGUUAGAGCACGGCUGCAUCCAGAUUUUGCUCGCUUGGCACCUUGCAAGGGUAGUGAUGGCGUGGGGUUACGACUGUAUGUGGUACCUGGUACCAUACCGGUAUGUGCACCCUUCUUUGCUGGGGUUACGUAAUGAUACGAUGCCCACCCCGAGACUGUUGGAAUGGCGUGUGGGGUGUGUGCCUUCAGUCGUUCGAUCUAGUUCCAGAGCCACCAAGAGCAAGCAUCUAUCUACUGUAGGCACUCCACCAUCAGUCAUUUCAUAGAAGCUUGGCAUCAAGAAGCAUGGUUCGUCUUGAUAUUCUCUUUGCGCUAAAGGAUGACUGCCCUAGCUAGCUCUAGCACCUGUAGGAUCUAUCUAUAAAAUAUUUUAGCAUUCUCACUUUUUGCUGC